AUGCCAUCCACCAGCCGAGCGGGCAGCCUGAAGGACCCCGAGAUUGCAGAGCUCUUCUUCAAAGAAGAUCCAGAGAAGCUCUUCACGGAUCUCCGAGAGAUCGGCCAUGGAAGCUUUGGAGCUGUUUAUUUUGUAAGAGGGCUGGGGUUGGGCAUGGAGGUGCUGUGGGGCACAUGGAAAAGAAUAAACUCACAGCUAGCUAUUGGCAAUCGCAAGGUGUCACUUGCCUCACAUGGCACCACUAAUGAACAUUAAUGAUGGUUGUGCUUUGCCUCUACAGUCAGAAGCAAUAAUCCUUCUGAAUGCCUGUUGCUGGAAACUGCAGGAGCGGAGAGCACUCUCUCUUGUGUGCUCAGGUCCCACAGGCAUUUGAUUGGCCAGUAUGAGAACAGGAUGCUGGACUAGAUGGGCCACUGGCCUGAUCCAGCAGGGCUCUCAUUAAGUUUUUAUGCACACUAAGGGCCCAUUGACUUCUUACUCUGCCAUUGGCUGUAUCUUCAUUAAUGCUGAGUUAUUCAGAUGCUGAGUUAUUCUGCUCCUGCGCCUGCUUCUUUUGCACAGCUCUUGAUUCAUUUGCCCCCCCCCUCUUUUUCUCUCCCACUUUAGUUGUUGAGUAGAUCUCCCCUCAGAGGGUCUGCAUUUUAUUUAAGGGCUGGAAUAGAAAAAAAGGCCAUGUAGACUGAUCCCAUGUUUACUAAGGUGCUCUGACGGUGGGGGCACUAUAGCUUUGCCUGACCGAAAGAGUGGGUGCACGCACACAGCUGGCUCAAGCCAUGGAGGCCUUGACAAGUGCAAUCGGGAGGUGUGUGUGUCUUCCUUGUGACCCAUGUCACAGGAGCAGGGAUAGUGAGGGCUUUGCUUUGUUUCCGGUUCGUCUUGAAUUAGAGGUUUGUCAUUGAGGCUAUUAGUACUCAACUCCAGUGUCCUUGUGAGGGACGAGGAGGGCCUCCCUGGAACAAUAGCGGACCUAACAAAAGUGUGUUGUGUGGAAGUGGAGAUGCUUUGCAAGGCUGCGUACUGGCAUCCAUUGUCAGUGUGGCAUUGUGGAACACAGCUGGGAAUUGUCACCCCACCCCCCUGCAAGCUCCUUGCACUUGCUAGAGCACUGCAGCGUGUGGUCCUGAGGGAGGCAAUGCAAGCUCUGAACCAAACGACCUGGAAUUUUAACUCUGGCUGUUCUUGAGGCCUUGCAGGUUGAGAAUGCAAACAUGCACACACAAAAGGCUGGACUUCUGGGUCCUUGUCCUAAAUUCUUAGCCCCUUGUCCCUUUUGUCAUCCAGCUUUUGGAAUUUGAGAGAAGCCUCAGAAUGGUCAGUUUCCUCCCAAGAAGGAUUAAAUCCCUAAUAAAAUUAGGGAUACAGGCAUAAAAUAUUGGGGAUACAGGAUCCAUUCUGGCCUUGGACACCCUCAAGCUUUCUUCUCUUUUUGUGGCUUCUGUUAAUCAUAUUUAUUUUGAAUAAGGAGCUAAGCAAAUUAGACAAAAAUGUUGAACAGUCUUUUCCAGCACCUUCCCUUGCUCCUUCUAACUGAGCCCUGUUCUCCCACCAAAUCAAAAGUGGUUCCCCACCCCCGGCUCAUAAACAGGGUAUUGCCCAGCCAUUACGUCAUGUUAGUACUCAGACUGCGUGGAGUCUGCCAGUAAUGCAGAUUCUUGUGUCUACCCUGCAGUAAAUGACAUUUUGCAUUUUGGUCCUUUCUGGUUACUUGCCAGGCCAAGCCCACUUCCUCACCUUGUUCAGGGGGUGUCAUUGCCAGAGAUGGUAGUUGUGUGCUUUGCCUAUGGAGGCUUUAAUUGUGUGACACAUCUGCAGAGGUCCAGAGCCAUGCUGGGGCUGCUUGAUUGGCACCUGCGGUCAAGAGGGGGUUCCCAAAUGGCCGGCUGUCAGAACUGGAACCUCGCAGAGGCAAAGGGAGUCUAUCCCCAGCACUGGCAGCAGCAACAGCAAAGAGCUUGCUGCUUAGGCUGGGAAGUGAGUCUGACCCAGCAGACUCUGCAGGAUUCAAGAGGUCUUGCUUGCUCUAGUGCACAGCUCAGAGACUUUUUUCACUGGGAAGCUCCCUUCCUCUGACCAGUGCUGGGUGCUGACUGCAGUCUGUUCCCCAACACCCCCAUGUUCCAGCUUCAAGACCUACUGUGGGUUUGAGUCCUGAUAUGUUGGAUUUCAAUUUGAUGGGAUCUUCUCCUAGCAGAAUAAACGCUGUGAUAGCAUUGUGGUUAUUGGUUUGUUUGUUUUGUACAUUGCAGGCACAUGAUGUGCGCACCAAUGAAGUGGUGGCCAUCAAGAAAAUGUCUUACAGUGGGAAGCAAUCCAACGAGGUAUGUGAAGUGUUUGUGAAUGGUUGUGCUGCAUCUGCUGACGUGAGUUCAUUCAAGCCAGUCUCUGCCAACCUGGUGCCCUUCACAGGUUUUGGACUACAACUCCCAUUAGCAACAGUAACAUGGCUAAUCGUCAGGGGUGAGGGGAGUUGUAGUCCAGCACCAAGAUUUUGUGGGAGGGGAGGCUGAUUUAAGCUCUGCAACCAUUGGGGUUACAGGAACCCCUCAGGGUUCUUUCUCCAGAAUGUUCCCUUCAACACUUCACUAGUUGAACUGCAUGCAGAAUGAAUAUACAAAACAAAUAUAAAGAGCUGUAGUAACCAGUAUCUUUGAGUAUUCAGUGUCUCUAGGGACUCUGUCAUAAUGGGAAAAUUCAGUCUGUGCUAGAAGAGGAGGGGAAUAGGGCUUCAGGGAUCCAGGUAGGCAGCAGGUGAGGGACCUGCGGUGUUUGGAAUUUUGAGGAGGGAGCCAGAGAGAUGAAGUGUGGAAAAGAUUGUUCUUUCCCUGAACACAAGAAACAUUUUCCUGCCCUCCUCCCUGAGCCUUUAAGAGGUCCUUUCCCCCUGUCUUUAAACUUUAUAUCUGCAAUCAUGAAGAGUAGAAGUGUGCUUUCAAAAACCCAGGCAGGAGCUGGGAUUCUUGGGGAUCAGUUGAAUGCCAUUCAGGGAAGCUUUAUUUGUAGGCAGGACCACAUCCUUCCAGAUUGUACCCUUAGCGAUGAAGUUGGAAAGAAGUGCCACAAGAGAUGCUCCUGGGAUUUCUUGAGUCUUGUUGCUUCUCCGUGUUGAAUUAGCUGGGGACUGAUCAGCUGUCCUACAACCUAAAAAGGGCCUCUUUGUGCAAAAUGCAUGUUGUUAUAACAUCAAUAGCAAAAGCUGAAACGAACCUAGUGCUGUGGUAUUCUGACUUAAGCGCACGUUGGCUUUCCUCUUUGGCCUUCGACAUUCCAUUCUAAAAUUCUGCUUAAAAACAAAACAAAACACCCAAAGCCCCAUCGCCUGGCUAGCUAACUAAAGAAAACUUGCUAGGAAUGGUAGACAUGAAUGCAGCAGAGGCACCAGCUCAGACAGCAGAGCUUGCUUGCCUGCAGAAUUUAAUCAAAGGCAGAUCAAGCAGAAGCUCCUCUCUCCCUUUCUGGCUCUUUGCUUUGAACAAAUCCGUCCCAAGGAACUUCAGAAAGAUGCAGUGGGGAAACGGUGUGAGCGUGGGAAAAUUGCAGGCCAGGCAGAUUAAGGUCGGCUUUGAGCGCUACCAGCAAGAGCAAGCCUUGGAGGUUAGGAAUGUCACCCACUCUCCUGGCAACCCUAGAUCCGCUUUAGUUCUAGAUCCUUGGCUGAAGACACUUUAGUUUCAUGUGUGGAGAUUUUAAUGUUAUGCUGUGUUUUAAGAACUGCAGCCCUGUCUGGAUUUUGUAUGAACUGAAGCUUCCCUUGCCUGCUUUUCAGCCUAAGGGCUGCAUUCCCUUUAUGGAAAUCUUCGUGGGGGGGGGGCACAUGGUGGUGGUGGGUGGAGCUGCAAAUCUAAACUUCUACUUUUGAACCGUAGGCUGCUUUCUACACAUGCUCAUAUACACCCUCCAUCCUCUGUCCAGACAAGCAAGAUGCAUUAUCAGUGUUCAAGCACACAGUCCAGCCAGAUGAAAACACUCAAGGAGGGUGAAAAACAGGGCUGGUGAGGUGCAGGGCCUGAGGUUCGCCACCUCUGCCUUAACAGAGCAGAGCUAUUAGAAUGGGGGCGCAUCCUGUGCACCAAAGAUCAGUUUUGUUAAAACAUUUUAUUUUCACUAUGGAAUAACUGAACAUGUUUUCAGAACGGCAGGUGAAGAGCCCAGGUGCCAGCAGGCUCUGAGGCUUGGUGAGGGCAGAAGGCCAGGGCAGAACAGCCUAGUUGCUGCUUCUUGCUGGCCUUGUGCCUGAAGCCUGGCACAUUAAAAGCCCAUUCGGCUGUUAAGUACAGCUUCUGAGGCUUAGUGAUCACUGCAAGAGGGGAAAGGAGAAAAGCAGAGGUGUGUGACAUGGAGUGUCAGCUACCAGCAGGGGGUUCACACAACAGCACUCUAUCUGGGCUGUGAGGACUUAUAUUUUUUACACAAAAACCAAAACAAAACAACCACAUCCUGCUCUGAACUUGCCCUGGUGCUGAACGCUUCAGGGUGAAUGUAGAGUAGGAUGCCUGCCUGCCAUGUAAAAAUGCCUUUUAGUGGCCCUUCUCCUCCCUGUGUCUUGAGGUACUGCAGAACUAGGAGUCCUUUCUCUGUUUUCCCCACACCAGCCUCCCGCAUUCCAUUUUUAUUCUGUUCCCGAAGCCUUGUGCAUCUUGUUUAACCAUGCAAUGGUGAAAGUCUAAUUUAUACCUGUUUCUCAUCCUGCUGAUUUAAUUACUAUUGGGCUAUAAAUACUCUGUUCACAUGAAUGAAGCACAUGGCGCCCGCUUCAGAAAUAAGGCUGGAUUGUCUCCAGUGGGCGGGUGUGUGUGUCUGUUUUGAAAAACACAGUUUAAAAACUCUUUCUAGAUUGCUCCUCUCUUGCAGAAAGAGAAGGCAGCUUAAGUUGCAGUUACAUUUAAUCAUCAUGCCAGCAACACUGAAGGGUGAAAUGCAGCUACCUUCUCCUCCGUUCUUGCAGUCAUAAGAGUUGGAGGUCAUCUAUUACACACACACACACACACACCAGCUCAGUUCAGGAUCAGCUAAAGCAGUGGUUCCUAAACUUUUUUUGGGCCACCACCCCCUUGGCUCCAUAAACUCAUCCCCAGUGCCCCCUACCCUGUAAAAGGAAUAAUUCAGAAUAGCAGGUUGCACAACCCUUUAAGGAAGAUAAUAACACUGUAAAAUUCAAAAGAGAAGCAAUUGAUUGCACAUUUAGUCAAAAUCUACUUAAAACAAUUUAGUUUAAUUAAUUCAACAAAAUUGAUGCACUUGGUUUAGUAGCUCCCUCUGUGUCAAUUUUUCCCCAUGGGCCAACGUGGCUGAUUAGAGGACUGAAUUGCAUCUGUGCCACAACACUCCUGCUUAGGCAAGAGCUCUUGGUGCAGCAGAGUAACGCUUAUGGCAAAUCAUUGUUUCUGUCCUCCGUCAGCAGCUGCAUUAGGGGCUGCUUGUGCAAAGAAAGAUGGAACACAGUGGUUGGGGACCUCAGGCCUGGGGGUGGGGUGGGUGGCAAAUGCCAGGCCUCUCUAUUGGGAGUCUCCCUAGGAUACACCCCUCACUGGCAUUGCUCUGUGCCCUCAGCGGCGUUCGCCCGGCUGGGGCGAGUCUUUGAAUUGUGCUGAUGCCUCUUGCAUGCCAGGAUGGAGGAUAGAAAGACGUGUAGGCGAAGCGACCUCUGACAUUUGCCCGACUGAAUUGUGGGCUGCUCUACAAAGGAAAGGGUUGCAUCCGUUGCUCCGUCCUGGUUUGCCUCUGGCCCUGCCCACCACUGGCAAACGGUCCCCCCCCCCCAAUAAAGUUACUCAUAAGGGAAUGCAGCCCUUGGGCUAAAAAAAAGAAGUUCCUACCCUGUGGUUCAGUAGUGGGGGUCAGUAGGAAAGGCAGGUUGAAAUAUGGGUUGAAAUAUGGAUAAAUAAGUUUUAACUUAAGUUUAUAAAGGUCAGCUGAAAGGGGGAACAUAAAGCCUUAAGUGAAUCUUGUUCUUGAAUGGAGAAGGGCAGCUGGUGGCUGAAGAGGAAUGUGGCCGUUCCUCUGCCUUGUUGCUUCUGAUCUUCUUAGUCCUCUGCUUAUGUAUUUGUCCUGGUCAGAUCAUACCUGCCCUCUGCCUCCGAUUCCCAAAAAACAUUUUCUCUCAUCUGUAAAGCUUGACCUUCUCCUUCUUUUCUCCCUUUUGUAGAAAUGGCAGGAUAUCAUUAAAGAAGUCAAGUUCCUACAAAGAAUUAAACAUCCAAACAGUAUAGAAUACAAAGGCUGCUAUUUGCGGGAGCAUACAGCAUGGGUAAGCGCAUCUUUCCUUUCCCUUUGUGGAGCUGUGUGUGUGUGUGUGUGUGUGUGUGUGUGUGUUGAGCAGUGUAAAAAGGAAAUGUGUGUCUGCUGGCUGAAGGUAUUGAAUCAACACACUUCGCCAGCACUUGCCUUUUCCCAGUUGUUACCUCCUGAAAGUAUGAAUUGCCAUUUACAUUUAUCUGAAGGUGAUUUACAGACACACCAUAAAAACAGCUGUGAGUCUUAAAAACAGUACAAAAAGACAACCACAGGUACAUUUAAAAAACAAUACAAAAUGAGCAUCCAAGAAAGGGACUGACUUAUUCAGCUGGGACAGCUUGUUUAAACAAAAACGUCUUCAAUUGUUCAGAUAGUGGAUGCUAGUCAUUUCUCUACAGGCAUGCCAUUCUACAGAACUUGGGGCUGCCGCACUAAAAGCCCUUCUCUGAGUUACUGUAGAGCCAACUUCUGAUAUUUUGGGGACUUAAGGCGGAACUCUCCUGCAGAACGAAGUGACCUGCUGGGUAUAUAUGGCAUUAAGGCCAUAUAUAUAUGAUCUUUUGAGCUUCUGUAAACUUCUUUGUCCAGCAGGCAUUGACUGGAUUAUUGAGGCAAUACUCUUGUCAUCCAGUGCCCUUGGCUUGUGAAAAUUUUGACCCUGUAUGUUAGAGAUAGCUGUUUACCUUUUAUUUUACCCCCUUGCAUGGUUUUAUCAUCAGACUCAUUCCCUGCUUCUACGCUUGCUUGAGACUCAAAGCUCCAGCAAGAUUCCUAUCAUACCAGGCAUCUCUCUUGAAAACAAAACGCAGCAUCAAAGCUUUGAUGAGAUUUAUGGUAUUCAUGAGAAGAGUUUGCUCUAACUGAAGCGGCAUAAGACAUUUGCUCUAUUGUAUAGAUCGCUCGUGAAAUAUUUCGUUAGCUUUCAGCCAGUUCUUGGCCACUCUUUAUUGAGAAUUGCAAUAUGGAAGGCCUUUGUGGUCUUUUUAUCGGCUUCCCAAAGCUUGUGGCCCUUCAGAUGUCUCGGGACUCCCAACUCCCAGAAGCCAGAAUGGACAGUGGUCAGGGCUGAUGGGAUUCCAGCAGUCUCUGGGAGGCUGCAUAUAUUUCCCCACCUGUGCUCUACACAAUGCCCCAUAAAACCAUCAUCUAGCUUCACUUUAAGGCUCUGGGGUCCUAACAUACCAGGUGUGCCUAGAAACCUCCAGUCCAAAGUGCCCCUUUAGCCCUUGUUCAAAUUUAAGCAAAUGUGGAAGCAGCUUUUCAGUCUUCCUCCAACAAGGCUCUCACAAAGUUGCAGUCCAGUUGCUUACUUAUUUGGAAGUAACAACCCCCCCACCCCCACCCCCUGGAAAAUCAGCGGGUCUUGAUUCUACAUAAACAUCUGCAGGAGCUGGCUGCCAGUGAGUAAGCCUUCGGGAUGAUUGACUAAAUCCCACGUGACACAAGUAAGAGACCAAACUUUCAGCUGGUCUCUUGCCCUCUUAAGCCAAAAGCCUUUGAAGUUUUCUCUCUCCCAUUUGGCCUGAAUUUCUAGUUAUAAUGCCCUGCCUGCAUGAUAGGAGAUUUAUUGAUUCCUCUGAAAUUUUAAAUCCUAAAAGAAAUACAAAAAUGUGUUCUCUCAGCUUCAACGGAAAGGGGGCAACUUGUGCAAAACCCAAAUUAUAAGCCUCUUCUUUUGAGAACAAAAGUCAGUUGCUGGCAUCCCUGUGUCUGUAAUGUCCCUAGGAGAGGAAGUCCCACUAUAGAACACUUGGAUUAGGGAGGGUAGGCACAGCUCAGACAGCAGAGCAGAAGCUUUGCAUCUUGAAAACCCCAGUUUCAGUCCCCAGAAUCUCCACUGGACAAAGGUGCUGUGCAGAAAGCUGGGAAGGACCUUUGGUGUGGCAUAAGCCUGCUUCCUAGGGUUAGUGGAGCCCUGGGCUCCUUUGGCACAAAAGGUAAGACCCGAAGAAGAGCCUGGCUGGAGCAGGCCAAUGGCCCAUCAGAUCCAGCAUCCUUCUCACAAGGGCAACCAAAUGCAAGCAGGACCCCAAGCAUAAGAGCACUAUCCUCCUCCUGUAGUUUCCUCCUGUAGUGAGAUAUGAAUUUAAUAAAUAAAAAUAUCAGCUUGGGGCCAGGAUACCUCCCUUACACACCCAACAGUUCAGUGCACCCGGCAGGAGUGGGCAUCCCGCAGGUCUCAUCCUAUCAGGAGCUCCAUUCUGCACAGUCUUGAAACUGGGCCUUCAUUGUGGUGGCACCUGCCCUUUCGAACGCUCUUCUGCACCUUCUCUGCAAAAGACACCUCCCCUUUUGACAAGCUUCUGAAAUAUUUAUCCCAUUGGUGUCUGUCUUGGGGAUGGAGUGGAUUUUAUCUAUGUGCUGUUGUUCUUUUAAACUGUUCAUGUUUAAAUCUGGAUGUUUUUUUUAAAAAAAUUCAUAUAUGCAGUUGGUUUUCUAUGCAUGUAACUGUCCAUAUAAAUCCUGGAAAUGAGUUCAGGAUGCCUCAUAGGAGGCACUUGUGAAGCACAAAUGAAAUAAAUAGCAAUCAACAUGAGGAGAGAGAGGGGUCAUGUUCCUGAAGAUCAGGAUAAACGUGCCUUUCGUGAGGUACUUUAAAACUUUGGCAAUGUUGUUCCUCAGUCAAAUGGAGAGGUGGGCAAGGGCUCCUCCCAGUCAUUGGAGGUCGACAGUCAGGGCCCUGCUGACACAUUUCUUUGGGACACCUUGAGGGAAACUUGCUGGCAGAGACAGGCUACCUCUGUAUGGCUACCCAGUACAGAAGCCAUGGGGAAAGACUGGAGAGGGUUGGUCCAAAUGAAGCUUAUGGACUGCCUGCUGAGGAAUGUGGGGGUGGUGGGGUUCUGUCUGAGGAGCAGGUUGUCAUGAGACCCUGUUUUAGGGUGUUGGGGGUGCCACCCUUGCCAUCUGAAGCGCUUGCUAACACUUUCCCCCCCUUCUGCCCUAUACAGCUUGUUAUGGAAUACUGUUUAGGAUCAGCAUCAGAUUUAUUAGAAGGUAUGUUCCUCUCAGUCCCUUUGAUUGCCAGGUGAUCCCAUGCUGUGUGGAAGGGAGGAAAAGGGAGGAAAUGCCCCAUAGGUAUAUUUUGUGGAACCAAUUUUUCAAAACUUGAUGGUCUUUUUCUGCUGUUUCCCUUUCACCAGUCCCUUCCCCAAUCAGGCAACUUCCCCCUAUUUGAUUAUGUAGAGUCUUUGGCCCUGAUUGGGUGGCCCCUGCCUGGUGCUGCUCAGCAAAGGGAUGUAAACCCACAAAACAAUUUUGUAAGGGGGCAAGGCCCACCACACUAACCUAAUUGUCUACCUUCUUAAAAUGCUGGAUGCUUCCUUGUAGUAGCCUGAUGAAGCAGAGUGAUCUUUCAUUGUGCUGCUAUGUGAGAACCCCUGAUAGUGGCUGGGGAGAGGUUAACCUUUUACAACCUUUUUGCUCAUUUGUUCGUUUGUGGAGGCUUGUGAUGUGUUUGACAGAUUGGAUGCUGAUUGUCAAACUGAUAUUUGGGGAAACGCGGGCAAUAAAGUAACGUGUGCCGGCUCUUGAGUUCAUCUCAGGGCACACUGCAGACUGUCUGGUUCCCAAAUCCACCUGGCCCUCUCUGUGUUGUCGCCUACCUUACGGGCCUGGUCAAGUCAACAGCAUGCAUAUUCAGCCUGUCCCUUCCUGUUUUGCUAACUGAGUUUCUCUUUCCUCAAGUCCAUAAAAAGCCAUUGCAAGAGCUGGAAAUUGCUGCAAUUACCCACGGUGCUCUCCAAGGUUUAGCAUACUUGCAUUCUCACAACAUGAUCCAUAGGUAAGUCCUUCCUCACGACAUCGCCAGUGGUGUCCCCUUGAAUUUAACCUGCGUUUAUGGUUUCUCUGGGCAAAAAGCUCGUGGUUUUCUAAAUGGGGUGGCUUCCCCUCUUUUUUUGUCACGUGUACAGAGAACCUGCAGUGAUAACUUGACUUAAUAGGGCAGACACAUACAUGGGAUAGGGGUGCGUUUGUGUACAGGUCACUGUGUGUUAUGCGUUAAAAUUCCCCAUUGCAGAUCUAGAGUCUUUAGAGACCCCAACUACCGCUGCCUUUGUCAAACAAUUAAGCAAAUAAGGUGAUAAAAACCCAACUCAACUUUCUUCAGUACAUCAGGCAAAUAUGAGGAACUGCAGUUUCGCUGCUAAUAAUAAUAAUAAUAAUAAUAAUAAUAAUUUCUUUAUUUAUUUGUACCCCACCCAUCUGACUGGGUUACCCCAGCCCCAGUGUGGUGUCCAGCAUAUAUAAAAACAUAGUAAAACCUUAAACCUUUAAAAGCUUCCCUAUUCAGGGCUGCCUUCAGAUGUUUCCUAAACGUUAUAUAAUUACUCAUCUCCUUGACACCUGAUGAGAGGGCAUUCCACAGGGUGGGUGCCACUACCAAGAAGGCCCUCUGCCUGGUUCCCUGUAGCUUCACUUCUUGCAGUGUGGGAACUGCCAGAAGGCUCUUGGAGCUGGAUCUGUGUCUGGGCUGAUCAAUGUAAACAAGGGGUUGAGUUAUCAGAAAAUAAACACAACACACACUAAGUUGUAUCCAGUGUUAGUCGUACUCAUUAGAAUAGACCCUUGAAAUGAAUAGGUGUGACUCGCCUAGGGCUUGUAAUUUCAGGUUGGUCUGCUUGAGUAUAAUUUACUUAGGUAUGACCCUCUAAGCUUUACUGGCAGCCUGAACUUGCAGUGACUUUGAAGGACAUGAGAAGAGCCCAUGUCCUGGGCCAGGCGAUUGGCAACCUGUCUAGUUCAACACCCUCACAGUGGCCAACCAGAUGCUCCAACAGGAAGCCUGCCACCCCAUGGUUUUCUUUGAGGCUCCACAGCAGGGUGGACACAGGAUGGAUUCAUUGGUCCUGUUAUUGGGGGCAGGAUUGCAGUUAAGGCGCUCACACCCCCUUGCCACUGUGUUGGUUCAUCUUCCCUAGAUGUUUUGGGGUGAUGCUAGUGCUUCCUUCCUUCCUUUGCUACAGCUGUGUUUGUAUGUAAUCUCUUCAUGGCAGGGGUGGCCAACAUGGUGCCCUCCAAAUGCUUUGCACUAUAACUCUCGAGUCCCAGCAGGUGUGAGAUGUUGGGCGUUGUAGUCCUACAAGAUCCAUGAAGGGUGGCGGGGCCGCAGCUUGGCUGUUCCUGUGUUGGGGCCAGUAAACAAGUGUGCCAUAUUGACUUCUAUUUGUUCCCCAGAGAUAUCAAGGCAGGAAACAUCCUACUGACGGAACCAGGCCAGGUGAAACUCGCUGACUUCGGAUCUGCUUCCAUAGCAUCUCCUGCCAACUCGUUUGUGGGGACACCAUAUUGGUAAGGAAGGCUUCAGCAUUGGUAUUGCUGUGGGAGUUAACAUUUUGCAGUUAAUGGUCUUACAUGCACGGCAGGCAGAUUUCUGGAUGGCCCUUAAAGUGGGCUGGAAAGGAGAUCACUUCGGUGCCAGGUCUAUCAUUCCAGGGUGUAAAUAUUGGGGUCUGGCAAUGAGUCGUUUCCCACUUGCCAGCACAUCGUCCCCCUUUAGUACUUCCUGAAAUAGCUUAUGAAGACUGGAUAGGAACAUAGGAAGUAGCCUUAUACUAAGACCUAAUAUAUACUUAGUGAGACCUAACUCAGCAUUGUCCCCCACUGAUUGGCAGCAGCUCUCCAGAGUUUCAGGCAGGGGGUCUCUUUCUUACCUGGAGAUGCUGGGAAUUGAACUUGGGACUUUCUGCAUGCAGAGCAGAUGCUCUUCCACUGAGCCACAGCCCUUCCCCUUAAGGUAGAGGUAGGCGUGAGCACCUGGGAAAAGGGCCUCUGCCCCACCUGCCUGCCUUCUUACAGCCAGUCAGCUCCACCUGCCAUUGGCUCUGGCUCUGGUUCCACCUGCUGUCAGUCAUCCUGCCUUCCACCCUACCAGUCCCAAGGGACACCCAGUUGCCAUUGCAUCUUUCUCUGGCCCCUCCUGAUUUCUCCUUUCCCUUCUCCUGGUGAAGAUUAAGUGACUCAAGAAAAUGAUGUGGAGGAAGAGGACAAUAAGAGAACAUCAACAUGCAAGGCAUAUAUUCUCUCUCUCCCUGCUCCACCAUUUCAGGAGCCCUCAGCCCUGCUGGUGUUUCCUCAAGCAACUACGUAGCAUCCUUGGGACCCCAGGCCUUCAGAUAUACUCAUAUCCCAUAUUGUUUCCUCUACACCUCAGGCUAGUUAGUGUUGGUUAGUAGUCAGUGUUAGUCUUCAUCCUAAAGGGCAAGACAGAAAUGGUCAAGGAUUUUGGUGAGUGGAUCUGCUAAGCACCUUAAUUUUUCUCUCUUCAGGAUGGCCCCGGAAGUGAUUUUAGCCAUGGAUGAAGGGCAAUAUGAUGGUAAAGUCGAUGUGUGGUCACUUGGGAUAACGUGUAUUGAAUUAGGUAGGCCAUGUCCGCCUGUUCGAGCUCUGACUUCUCCCAGUCAAAAGUUGUACAUUUCUUGCUGCUGCUGCUGCUGCUGCUGCUGCUACUACUACUACUACUACUAUUAAUAAUAAUAAUAUACUGCUCGCUUGCCAAAAUGGCUUCUAAGUGGUUUUACAAGUGUAAAACCGUUUACAAAAAUAUAUCCCCACAGAAAUAAAAUACACAACAAAACAAUUUCAUCAAAACAUUAAAAAGCACCCAUAAUUAAACUGUCCAAUAAAACAAACCCACUAAAGCAGCAUACUAAUUAAAGCAGUUUAAAACAGCAGUUAAAAUGAUUAGAUGAGGAGUUUCAGGUCAGGAAAUCAAGAGGAUUGCAGUCUAAACAGGUAUGUCUUCAAGAGCCAGCAGAAGGCCAGUAGUGAUGAGGCCUCUUGUAUUUCAGCAACACUGGUGCUAAAUUAUGUGUUGCCCCAUCUAAAAAGAUUAUUUUGGAACUGAGAAAGAUAGAAGAAGAAGCAACCAAAGUUGAUCAAGGGCCGGAGCAUUUUCCCCCUUUGGAGAAAAAUAAUAGAGCACUUGGGUCUUUUAAAAAGAAAAAAUAAUUUAGGAUCCAGGGGAGAGGUUCAUGAAUUGUGGUGGUGGAGGAGAACAGAAAGAGACUUUCCUCAUUCAUAUUACAGUGGACCCUCCGGAUAUGAAUUAAAUUUGUUCCGGGGGGUCUGUCUGCAACCCGAAAAGUCCAGAGGCAGGGGCACUGCUUCUGCGCAUGCGCGCAGUAUGAUUUGAGUGCUUCUGCUCAUGCGUGCGCAGCAAAAGACAGAAGUAUACACUGCCGGGUUUGUUGCAUUCGUAACCCGAAAGUUACGUAUCCAGAGCGGUACGUAACUAGAGGGUCCACUGCAUUAGAAUUUGGGGUUAGAGUUCCACACAGCUUCUAGUUAAACUGUGGAACUUUCUGACAUAAGAGACAGCGAUUUCUUAGGUGGCUUUUAAAAAGGGAUUUGGUAGAAAGCAGAUAUGUCAGUCGUAGGGCUGUGCAAAACUUGCAUCAGUUUGGAGAAGCCCCCCCGACCCCGAACUGACCCCUUUGGCAUUUGGGUGGCACAUUUGGCCAUUGAAAGUGCAACAGUCAUGGUAUUUCCCCCUCUGCUACAGUGAGGGGCGGGAGGGUUUGGCAGGUGCAAGUGACCUCGUUCCAUCUGGUUCUGUUGAGGAUCAGGCACAGGCCGGCUGGGGCACCACCAGUUGCUUCCCCCUCCAUUAAGCAAACACUUUUUUCUUUCUGUGCAGCGGAAAGGAAGCCUCCCUUGUUUAAUAUGAACGCAAUGAGUGCCUUAUAUCACAUAGCGCAGAAUGAAUCCCCUACACUCCAGUCCAAUGAAUGGUGAGUGGAUGGCCGAAGGAGGAGAGGUUGCAACACGUUUUGGGGUCAGUUGUCUGGGUUUCGGGAUCAAUGUACCUAAAUGGGUUUAUAAGUGAGCACUUUGGUGAUUUAUUUAUUUGAGCAAAUAUGAAAUUUGUUAGAUCCAUCACAGCAAUGCUUGCAUGAGAGCAGCAUUUGCCAUGUCAAAUUGUAAUGGUGGGCGGUUGCCUCUCCUGUGUGUCCAAUUUCCACAGUGGCUUCUGGUUUCUUGGUUGCUGUGUUUCCUCUGAUGAUCCUGCGUAAGUGAUGUGUUGACAUGGGCGAAAAAGGCUGCUGCGCCCUUGACUAAACAAUAGUUUAAAACUUCUGUUUUCCCUUACCCUUUAUAGGUCUGAUUAUUUUCGAAACUUUGUAGAUUCUUGCCUCCAGAAAAUCCCCCAAGACAGGCCUACAUCGGAGGAGCUCCUGAAGGUUAGCUUGACUUCCUUUAUUCUUCAUCUGUCAGCAACCCCCCUUCCCCCCAAUAUUAGAAUCGCACAUGUCGGUUACCCUUUCAGUCUUGUCUUUCCAUGUUUUUCACGUACCAUUUUCUCCCAAAGCCUAGCAGAACCUGGCUAUUUUGUGACCUGAUGGUCAGCACUCUGAGCCUUGUAAGUUAACCUUUCAACAUCCCUCCAUCCCUCCUCUUAGUAAACUUGUCAGGCCUCUCAUUCUUGGGGCUUCCCAUCUUCAUAUGUUGAUACCGGUACACAGCCUCCUUACACCUUUGAGUAGCGUGAAAACCUAUUUGUGCUGGUCCCAGGGGGAGGUUACCGUGGGGUGAGGUCCAGGACCUGAGUCGAGGGUCGGCAGACAGUCCUCCACGGGCGAAGCGAGGUCCAGGGCGAGGAGCAGGGCAAGGACAGGAACUCUCGAGGAACAGGACAGGGUGCUGGCCGAAACAGCUCUUCAACGACGUUGCUCCCGCAACCUGGGACCGGGCUGACUCGCCUUUAUCUUCUCUGAGGCCAGGGGCGGUCCUGGCCCCCAGGAGACCCGCCUCUCCUGACCUUAAGGCGAGCACUCCUCCUGGGAGAAACCAGUUCCCUCCGCCUCUCUGCCCUGAGCCUCUGCAGCUCAGGAGAGGCUGGAGGGUUAAUGUACCCAGGAGAAGACUCACCUUCCCCUGACAGGGCUGGGAGAGGCACACCUGUAGGCACUGUGUCUUCAAUCACCUCCGGAGCCAGAGAGGAUUCACCUGGUGCCUGUUCCUGAGGAUCCGGCACAGGUGCAGGUGCUUCAGAUCCAAGGCCCUGCCCAGCUCAGCCAGCCCUGGAGGCGGGGACUCCUGUGCAGGCUGGGAUUCCUCUGGUUCAGCCUCUGAAUCGGAUUCCCAGGCCAUCACACUAUUACGUGUUAGUUAACAAACGAUCUACCUUUUCCCUCUUCAUCUAUUUACAUCACGUGUGUGUUUCUUUUAUAUGUAGUCCUCCCACCACCACACAUGCGUGCAAGCAGGCUUCCCAUCUUACUUCUCCCAUGUUUUUCCUUCCCCUGACACAGAUUGUGUACAAGUCGCCUGCUGCUUUGAAAAGGCCAUUCUGUUUCUCCUUCCCAUCUUCCCUGUAGAUCUAAUUUCAUUUGCUCUGCUGACAGACAGCAGCAAGUACCAGCAAACCGGGGCAGGGGGUGUUGUUGUUCACUAUUGAUGGAAGUUCUUCUUCACUGCAAAGAUGCUUUCUCUAUUUACAUUUAUUUUUAAGCAAAGCCCAUGGAGCUGCCUUAUCCUGAAGCUGCUCCAACUGGCAGUGGCUUAACUGGAUCGUGGUCUCUGCCAUCAGCUGCUCCCUGAGGUUCUUUUUUCUUUAUGGACUGACCCAGUGCAAUAUUGAGCUUCCAGACAUCCUAAGUCAUAGAAUCAUGGCUAGAGUUUCUGAUGGUGGUGAGCUUUUAUCUAAACAGGGAGUAAACAUACUGGAGCUCAAGUGUUGGGUCUCUCUGCCUGGGACCCUCCAGUUGAGCAGUUCUGCAUGCAGCUUCCCACAGGCCUUUGCCAGGCCAAGGGAUUCCCUGGACUUCAGACUGAUGGAAGCCUUGCCAGACCAUCUCUGCAGUCGGCACCUACAUCUUUUCCCAGUCCAGGAGAACACAUUGCCUGUAGCCAUGGCAUGCUGUGGUUUGUGGGCAGAGCCUGAGGUCAUAUGGCACUGACACUCCCCUGCCCGCUUGUGUCUUCUGCUGCAGCACGUGUUUGUCCUCCGGGAGCGCCCUGAGACAGUGUUAAUAGACCUGAUCCAGAGAACAAAGGAUGCAGUCAGAGAACUGGACAAUCUUCAGUAUCGCAAGAUGAAGAAACUCCUCUUCCAAGAGGCGCACAACGGUCCCGCGGUGGAAACCCAGGAGGAAGAGGAGGUAGAAGCAGAGGCUGAGCUUGGGGGGUGGGGAGGAAUUCUUCACCAGCCUUUUACUCAUCGCUGCGUGGUGCUUGCUUCUGGCAUCGCCGCCACUGUCCUCUUUCCCAGCAGCCCAUUCAUAUCUCCAUCUGAGCUUAACCUGCGUCUUGGGAUAUGUCCACCAUAAACUGCCCUCUGCAGUUUUGGCGAGUGGCUUGCUCUGCCCCCCUGAAAACAGGGUUGUGAAUUUCAACUGCUGUCAAGCCACGGCCUUCCCUUCCAUCAUGCAACAAGGCUUUCCUUCUCCUGCAGUUUGGCGAGCACAGCCUUCACCCAGCUUGGAGCUCCCUGGGUGUUUUCAACCACAGCUUCCAUCAGCCCCAGGCAGCACAGUGCUGGAGCCCAAGGGACUUGUAAUCCCAGACACUUGGAGGGCACCAGGUUGGGUGAAGAUUGCCUGAAAUAGCCGCAAUUAGAUGCGGCUUGUUUGCAAGAGUCGUGUUUUAAAAUUGUAGCAGAACAUUCCUUUCUGGUAACUUUUGGAAAGAGAGCAUUGCUGAAUCCAAGCCUGUUGGAUUCUCAUCUGUGGCAAAAAGCAGUGUGUGUGUGUGUGUGUGUGUGUGUGUGUGUGUGUGUGUGUUUGCAACUGUAAGUUCUGCUCUUGGUACAAUUCUCAGUAUUAUACAACUUGUCCACAUGAUUUCUUUCUUUGGUAUUUAACAAGGUCUGAAUUAUCCUUUAGAUUUCUUUUCCUAUAAGAUCGAGAUCAAGAACUGAGCAUUCUGUAUGAGGACAGCCAAGCAAGGAAAUUUGAACCCAUGUCUUAACCCUGAUGCUCUUGUCCACAAACACCUGUCUAGUUUGUGAAACUGGCUAAUGUCCGGCAGACCCAAAUGACAUCCCCCCCCCAAGGCUCAAGGUCUUUCCUUGGCUACCUGUAAAGCUGAACAUUCAGCAGGGAAGAGAUCUAAGUGCUGCCGCCUCGCUGGCAACGAUUCUCAUGUUACAGCUGCAGUGGGUUGCCCUGCUAACAACCCUCUGUGAUGUUCUCCCCUCUCCCUUUCAGGAGCAAGACCACGGCAUGGGCCGGACGGGAACAGUGAACAGUGUCGGGAGCAACCAGUCCAUCCCCAGCAUGUCCAUUAGUGCCAGUAGCCAAAGCAGUAGUGUUAAUAGUCUUCCAGAUGCCUCGGACGACAGGAGCGAGCUGGACAUGAUGGAGGGUGACCACACGGUGAUGUCCAACAGCUCCGUCAUCCACCUGAAGCCGGUAAUUCAUAUGGCAGCCCGGAGAGGGCAUGAUCUGUGUCUCUUCCCAUGGCCCACCUGGAUCCAAAAGGGUCAAGAGGUUUCUUUUUAAAUCAGUCAGCCCCACUGAUGUUUCUUCUUCUCCUCCUCCUCCUCCCAAGGAGGAAGAAAACUACAGGGAGGAUCCGGACCCCCGAUCGAGAGCAUCGGAACCCCAAGUGUCUCCACCCCAAGUGUCUCGCCACAGAUCCCACUACCGCAACCGAGAGCACUUUGCUACUAUACGCACAGCGUCGCUGGUAGGUUCAACUCUCUUUGUGGAGCGUCUUAGGCCCUUAGCUAGGUGUCAUCUUGGGGCUUUUCAGGGUUUUUAAUUAUUAUUUGUAAUGCCUGCUCUGAGUAACAUUAGAUGCAACUCAUAACAGCCAUACUUCAGUGGCCAGCUUAGCAAAAACAAGGGGCAAAGCAAAUUUCGGGGGGGGGGGUAGUAGAAACCUUUCCAUUACGUUUAAUGGGCAGCUGUAUCAGACUCCUUAUCCUGCAAGAAAGUCCUGUAACAUGAACACAAUGAUAAUUUUUAAACUUGAGAAAAAUGCUGUUUUGCUUGGUUUUUUUAAUAUAAAAUGUUUUUUUGGGGGGGGGGUUGCAAGAGGAGGAGGAGAUCUGCUUCUCUAACAUGUUGCUUUUCUAGAUGCUUGCUAGCUGAGGGGUUCCCCCAAUAUUCCCCAUAACAAUUCCUUCAGCUGACAUAGGAAGGAAAGAGGGAAGUAGAAAGCUGCCUUAUACAGAGUCAAACCAUUGGUCCACCUAGCUCAGAUCUGUUCACACUGACUGGCAGCAGCUCUCCAGGGUUUCAAAUAAAAGGUAUUUCCCAGCCCUACCUGGAGAUGCCAGGGAUGGAGCUUGGUGCCUUCUGCAGACUAAAUAGGGGCUCCACUGCUGAGCUAUGUAUCUUCCCCUAAAAAUACAAGAAGAUUCUAGUCCUCAUAGUUAUGAGUUAAGGGCUGAUUUAAUAGGAACCUAGGAAUAUGCCUAAUACUGAAUCAGACUGUUGGUCUAUCCAUCUCAGUACCAUCUACACAGAGUGGCAACAUCUCUCCAGGAUUUCAUACCUGGGAGAUGCGGCCAGGCAUCAAACCUGAGACUUCUUUGCAUGCCAAGGAUGUGUUUCAAUACUGAGCUGUGCAGCCCAUAGGCCUGCGCUCACGUGCCUUGGGGAACAUCUCCUCCUCCUCCUCCUCAGAGUCACUGUGGUCUGUUUCCCCGCCCUCCCUGCAGGUGACGAGGCAGAUGCAGGAGCACGAGCAAGACUCGGAGCUCCGGGAGCAGAUGUCCGGCUACAAGCGGAUGCGGCGGCAGCACCAGAAGCAGCUGAUGGCUCUGGAGAACAAGCUGAAGGCCGAGAUGGAUGAGCACCGCCUACGGCUGGACAAGGACCUGGAGACCCAGCGCAACAACUUUGCGGCCGAGAUGGAGAAGCUCAUCAAGAAGCACCAGGCGGCAAUGGAGAAGGAGGUAGGGGGCAGCUGCUUCCGCACAGCUUCUCCGGUAAGGGUUGGGCAACACAGACCUGCCAUCAGAGAAAGCCUAAUGUGGCCUCUGCUCGUCCUGGUGCCCUCCAAAUGUUUUUCUUUCUUUGUUUUAUGUCAUAAAGUUUAUACACCUCUUGAUUGCUAAAUGAAAAACCUUCAAGGAGGUUUACCCCAGAAAAUAUAUAUUGUUGAUCAUUUUACUGCUUUACGACUUUCAAAAAGUUAAAAUGACAGUAGACUAAAAGCAGAUUAAAACUUACAUCAACUUUCUAAACAUCUGGGUAGGAGUGUUUUUUGUAGGUGCUGAAAAGAGGACAGUGAUAUCAAUAGGCAAGGAGUUCUAAAGUGUGGGUGAGGACACACUAAAAGGUUUGAGUUCUUACAAAUGCAGAACGGGUAUUAUGUGCCACCUUUACCAUUAUAUGGGGUAAGGCAAUCUCAUAGCUGAGCUGGUCCCAAGUUGUUAAGGGCUUUCUAUACUAAUAGCAGCCCCUUGAACUUGGCCCAGGAGCCAAAGGGCUGGUGGGAGUUUUCCAAAAUAGCUGGAGGGCAGAGGUUGGCUUAAUGCAUUCUCUGCUCGUGUCCAGAGUGUCUGUGUGUGAGUAGGCAGGCCUGUGUUACCGUUUCUGCAUUUCAAGCAUAUCUGACGAUGCAGACACUGUUGCCCUUGGCUGCCCCCUGAGCCACUUACCGCUCUCUCCUGGGCCUUUUCUCCUGGGUAGGCGAAAAUCAUGGCCAAUGAAGAGAAGAAGUUUCAGCAGCACAUUCAAGCCCAGCAGAAGAAAGAGCUGAACAGCUUCCUGGAAUCCCAGAAAAGAGAGUAUAAACUGCGCAAGGAGCAGCUCAAAGAGGUAAAGCUCAUCUCUUAGAAAGCGGGGGGGGGGGGGGGACUGAUGGCAGCAAAAGAGCAUUCAUCUAGUCACUGGUCUGAUUGGCAGUUAGAAAAAGUUUGCCUUUUUGUACAAUUAAGACAAUUAUUCAAGACGCUUGUGAUCACCAGCACUUUUGCUUAGCAGGGCCUUUUGAAAUAGUGGUGGCAGCUGUUGAUUUAUUUAUUACCUGCCCUUCACCUUAAGGUCCCAGGGCAGGUUACAGCAUUAGAAACAACAUUAAAAACAACUUGCAACCUUAAAAAUAAAAAACAUGCACCUCAACUGUCAAAAGCCAGGAUGGAAAAGGGUGCUUGUCCUGUUUUAUAGAGGUUUGACUCUUGCAUUGUCCUAAAACCCAUUCUCUUUUCUGGGACAGUGUCACUGCUGGCAUUCCUAUAAUAUUGUACCUGGUCUAGCUCAGCCACUCAUGCAGAAAUUUGCCUAUUACAGGCUGUGCCUGUGGAAUGGAAGGCCUGUCCUCCAGCAAUGAUUCCUCUGUUCCCAUAAAUGUUUUUAUCCUGAGUGUCCACGGUGGCAGGGAACCCUCCGUUGGCAGAAUGUCCCCUUCUUGCUGCUGCUCUGUUCUGUUGAACUGUGUGUGCCAUUAUCUCUUCACUCCUUGCAAUACCAAAGGAUGCAGAUAGAGAGGAGCCUUCUCUCUUCUUCUCCUCUCCUCCCAUCUUCCUACAAGCCAAGCUACCUCAUUUUAUUUAUUCAUUUCAUUUGUAUGCCGCUUUUCCACAGAGCAGUUUAUGACAAAACAGGAAUGCAUUUCAAAACAAAAACAAUGUCAUAAUAAUAUAGCAAAGCAACACAAUAGCAAAUAUGUUGUUGUUGAGUCAUUUAGUCGUGUCCGACUCUUCGUGACCCCACGGACCAGAGCACGCCAGGCACUCCUGUCUUCCACUGCCUCCCGCAGUUUGGUUAUAGCAAAUAUAAUACCAAACAAAAAAAAACAAACUUUCAGUACUACAAAUAUAACAAGAUUCCUUAAGCAACAUCCACCAACCAAUAGCAAAAACAAGGGAGCUUCACAGUUUUACCUUGGUCCUAGAAACAGCCCCUCCCAUUGCGUUGCUCACAGUCCUCCUGCAGCCGAUUAUUCUUCUAGGGCUUCCAAGGGCAGCAGGUGGGGCAGCAGGCAUGACAUUGCAUUGAGCCCUGCCCCCUGUGACGGGAGACCACCUGCUCUUCUUUCUUCCAGGAGCUGAAUGAGAACCAGAGCACUCCCAAGAAGGAGAAGCAGGAGUGGCUGUCCAAGCAGAAGGAGAACAUCCAGCACUUCCAGGCGGAGGAGGAGGCCAACCUGCUCCGGCGGCAGCGGCAGUACUUGGAGCUGGAGUGCCGCCGCUUCAAACGGCGGAUGCUGCUGGGGCGCCACAACCUGGAGCAGGACCUUGUCCGGGAGGUGCGUAGGAGGGCCCAUGACCCAUCUAGCCCAGCAUCCUUUUCUCACAGUGGCCAAAUAGGUACCCAAAGGGAAACCAGCAAAGAAGACCCAAGCACAAGAGUGCUCUCCCAUCCUGUGGUUUCAAGCAGCUGGUGUUCAGAAGCAUUGCUGCUGCCUCUGCGUAACCACCUGGCCUAGUAGCCAUCAAUAGCCCUCUCCUCCUCCAUGAAUUUGUGUAAACCUCUUUUAAAGCCACCCAAGUUGGUGGCCAUCACUGCUUCCUGCAGGACUGAGUUCCGCAGUUUAGCUAUCCACUGUGUGAAGAAGGACUUUAAAUUUCCUGAGUCCUCCAUCUUUAUACACUGCUUGAUUGUAAAAAAACAAAACAAAACAGAUAAAAUAAUAGCAUUAUCAUAACCAGCAAGAAUAAUUUAUUUUUUUGAAAAGUUACUAAAUUAAAAACAGGUUAAACCAUGCAACAGCAUUCUAGAUAUCUGGAUAGGCUUGUCUAAAUAAGAAUGUUUUUAGAAGUCACCAAAAAUACGAUGAAGGCACCUGCCUGAUAACAACAGUCAGGGAGUUCCAAAGUGUGGGUGCUGCCACACUAAAAUAUCAAGUUCUUACAUAUGCAGAUAGGGUGUUGCACCUGUAACAGUGCUGGAUCUGCUGAAGGGGUUGAGAGAGCAUAUAUGGGGUAAGGUGAUCCUGAAGGUUUGACUUGACCUCUGUCCAAAGAGUUCAGGGCUCUGUAUAGCAAUAAUCAAAACAACCAGCCCAACUGCAGAUCAGGGUUAGAGGAAAACUGUGAAAGGAUAGGUAAACUUAAAAAUGCAAGCAAUGGCCAUUACAGAUUGAGCAGCGAGAUUGGUGGUUGAGUAAAAUAGCCACGUUUUAGGAUGGGCAGAAGCAAGCCACAUUUCAGAAGUACUCUCUCAGAUCACAAGUCAUAAUUGUUCAGAUUUAUAAAGCUCUUCAUAGCCAACAGCCAUUGAUUCAGUGUGAAGUGAGAUAAAAUGGGAUAAGGUACUUUAAAAACAAGAUGAAGAACAAUAGAUAGGGAUGGUGGUUUGUAGCUCAGAUACUCUUUUUCCCAAAAGGGUGAUUGGGCAUUCAUGGGAGUUGAGUCUGUUGGCAGCUCUUAGCUGCGGUAGUAUAAUGGAAUACCCAUGCGCAGAGGCCAUCUAUCUCUGGCUGCGAGGGGACAGCUAUCCCCUUCCUGCCCUCCCCUAGCAGCACCCUUUGCCUCGGGCUCUCUGACCCAGCCAGGAAGAUGCUUGCCUGGUCCUGAUGUCCCCUCUCCUCGCUUCCCCCCAAUGACUCUCCCCCCUUCUCCUUGCGUCUCAGGAGCUGAACAAGCGCCAGACGCAGAAGGACCUGGAGCAUGCCAUGCUGCUGCGCCAGCACGAGUCCAUGCAGGAGCUGGAGUUCCGGCACCUCAACACCAUCCAGAAGAUGCGCUGCGAGCUCAUCCGGCUCCAGCACCAGACAGAGCUCACCAACCAGCUGGAGUAUAACAAACGGCGGGAGAGGGAGCUGCGGCGCAAGCAUGUCAUGGAGGUGCGGCAGCAGCCCAAGAGCCUCAAGGUGAGCUGGUUCAGGGGGUGGAGGUGGGCAGCCCUCUUCCCAUUGUGUGUUGCGGGGGGGCACUGCCCAGGACUUGUGGCAUUCGGCCCCUAUUGAGCCCCUGGGAAGACAUGUUUGUUUCCUCAAGCAUUUAGUCUGCAGGCUGAAGGGCUGUUCCAGCAGCCCCUUACUUGCUGCCUUCUGGUGUCAUCUCCCCCUGCUUCUUGGGUCUAGAAACCUCUGGGGCUUUGUGAUCCCAGGCUGCCUUCUGAGGCUCAUCUCCUUUGCACAGCAAGCUGCCUUACAGCGAGCCCAGCUCAUUGGCCCAUCUAGCUCAGUACAUUGUGUGCAGUGGCUUUCCAAGGUUUCAGGCAAGGAAUAUUUUCUAGCCCAGCCUGAAGAUGCUGUCAAGGAGUGAAGCUGAUUCUCUACCACUGGGCUGCAGCCCUUCCCCCAGCUCCUCCUUUCCCAGCUGAGGCAGAACCCAAAACUUGCCCCUGGCGCUUUGCCUACCCCAGAAGAUAGAUGAGUGAGAAAGCCUCAAGCCGAUUGUUCAGCCAGGAGUGCCAAGAGAAGGAAGAGUUGCAUUGCCCACCCAAAGGAGGCCCAAAGCUCCAUCCCUCUUGCUGACUUGCUUCUCAGGAACAGGAAACUGGGUGAGGCACAUGGGCCAUGCAUAUCUCCCUCUGGCUUGGGCAACUGACCAGAGGCAGCUCUCUGCACCUUGGUGACCCAGAUCCUGUGCCAAGGAAAGCCCAGCUUGGUGACCUGUAUAAAUUAUGCAAGUUGAGCGCAUUUCAAAUUUCCUCCUAUUUACAUAAUCCCGUCUUAUCUAGAUGGUGUUGGGCAGGGAGGAGGGCAGGCAGCUCUCUGCAGGGCUCUGUUGCCUGCCUUCCCCUUUGGCCUCUGGAAAUCUGACCCAGCUUCCUCUCUGUCCCCCAGGCCCUGAAAAAUAUAUGUGCUGCUACCAACAAGGUGACGGGCUCUUCAGGCCAGAAACUACUGUGUGGCAGCAGAGGGCUGGCAGGCUGGGCCUCACUUUCAUGGUGUUCUGUGUGGCCACGGUUGAAUAUUUUAAGUGGGCCAUAGCUCAGUGGCAGAGCACCUACUUUGUAUGCAGAAGGUCCCAGGUUCAGUCACUGACCGUGUCUGCAGGUGUGGUUGGGAGAAAGCACCCCCUGCCUGGGACCCUGGAGGGCUUCUGCCAGUCAGUGUCGACAGUACUGAGCCAGAUGGACCCAGUGGUCUGACUCGGAAUUAAACAGCUCAUCAUGUUUCUGUGUGCAUCACUUUUACGUUCUAUUCCAUAUCUCCCCCUCUCAUCUAUGGUAAGGCUGCAGUAAGGUCUAAACUACCCUUAACUGACUCAAUAUACUGUGUGAGUGCAUAAGGCAGCAGGUCCCUGCUUCUCCAGGGAAGUCUGGCAUAGCUUUCCCAGUAAAGCAGUGUCUGAGUUUGGGUUUGUCCUCAGAGCCUGUUUCAAGCGGGGCACUUCUCAGAGCAUGCUCAGUGUUCUUGUCCCAGGGUGUGGAAAAGCCACCAGCAGGCCUUGAAUGGAGGGGGAUGUGCCAUUGGUGGUGCUGUUGGGGCUUCCAGGCUGGAGAUGGCUGCGCAGCUCAAAGCCCGUUAGAAACCCCUUGACAUGGCAGGCCUGUCCUCUAAGAAGGUUGACGCAGAACCGUUGUUCUCCUCCCCUCCAGUCUAAAGAGCUCCAGAUCAAGAAGCAGUUCCAGGAUACGUGCAAGAUCCAGACCCGGCAGUACAAGGCCCUGCGGAACCACCUGCUGGAGACCACCCCCAAGAGUGAGCACAAGGCUGUCUUGAAGAGGCUCAAGGAGGAGCAGACCCGAAAGCUGGCCAUCCUCGCAGAGCAGUACGACCACAGCAUCAACGAGAUGCUCUCCACGCAGGCUGUGAGUUCCCCCAUGGAGCCCUCUCCUUCCUGGCAGCGGUGCGGGGGGUGGGGGCUGUUCAGUCCCAUAACUGACAUAGAAUCAUGAAAUAGUGGAGUAGAAAGGGACCCUGAGGAUCAUCUAGUCCAACUCCCUGCAAUGCAGGAAUAUGCAGCUGUCCCUUACAAGGAUCGAACCUGCAACCUUGGCAUGUUCAGCACCUCAUGUAUCCAACUGAGGUAUCCAGGCUGACCAGACAUGGUGUUGGUGGAGCAUUGCUGAGCCUUGGCCACAGCCAGGGGUUGCCUCUGUAGAUUCCCUGGGAAAUAUUUUAUUUAAGCUAUUUAUAGACCGCUUAAUUGCAGAAUUAAGCCGUUCUUUUUUGUAAGCCAUUUUGAGGGUUUUUCUCUUUCCUUUUACAAUGAAGCAGUGUAUAGAUUUUAUGAAACAGAAGCAUUCAUUUAAGUGGUUUGCAUAAAAAUUAAGAAGCAGAAGGUCAUCCAGGUCAAUUAACAUUCAUCCUAAAUAUGGAGUACUUCCUUUCAGUAUCUGCUGAAACAGAAAAGUCUUUGUCAGGUACCUGAAGUUUCACUGGGGAGGGGAGGGGACGAAUGUCUAAUCUAAGCUGGGAGGGAGUUCUAUAGAAUCCAGCCCAUAAUAAUGAAUGCACGCCUUCUGGUGGAUAGAAGCCUUGCAUCUGAGUCAUGAAGAACUGCUAACAGACUCCCCUGAAGAUCUCUGUGACCACCAGGCAGGGAUAGAAGGAAUUCUAUCCUUAUACUAAUGUAUCCUGGACCUAAGUUGUUCAGAGCCUUGUACAUUAAUGCAGGAAUCUUGAAGCCGGCUUGGGAACAUAUGGGCAGUCAUUGCAGGCUUUUGAACACCAGAGUGAGGAGCCCUUUCCACCUCUUCCCUUCUUAGCAAGCCUCACAACCAGCUUCCCUCUCCCUCCGGGAGCCCUCUUCCACAGCUCAGUUUGUUUGCUUUUGUCUUGCAGCUGCGAUUGGACGAGGCGCAGGAAGCAGAGUGCCAGGUCUUGAAGAUGCAGCUGCAGCAGGAACUGGAGCUGCUCAAUGCCUAUCAGAGCAAGAUCAAGAUGCAGGCAGAGGCUCAGCACGACCGGGAGCUGCACGAGCUGGAGCAGCGGGUGUCCCUGCGCAGGGCCCUCCUUGAGCAGAAGGUAUGAGGGCAGGCAGCCUGGACGUUGGCACGUUAAAUUAGGACAAGGGCACACACACACACACAGUAUUUUUUCCACACGAAAUUCUUCAGAAUUCUGUCAUUUUGCUUGACAUGCGGAAGAAGCCAUCCAAGGUAUUGGGGUCUAGUUCACACGUAACACUAAACUCUGGGACAGCUUGUGGUUAACUCAUGGUUUGUUAAGCAGGCCAUGGCUUUGUGCUGUGUCUGAAGCAGGCAAUAGACAGCAGAUCUGUGGGGUACAAGGAAGUGGCCAUGGGCACCCCAGUCCUGUGGCCCAGCUAAGUUGGUGAUGGUAAUAAUAAUAAAAAUAAUAUCUAUUUGCCACCUUUUCUCAAAGGAGCUCACAGCCAUUGAGGUAGGUUAGGCCGAGAGAUAGUGACCAGCCCCCAAGCUCUGUCCGCAUUUGAACCCUAGUCUCUCCCAUGUCCUAGUGCAGGACUCACACCUCUACUCCACCACGGUCUCUCUGCUGUGCAGCAUCCUGCACUUCACCUGCCGCACCAAAGACACAAUAAUAUUGUUAGAAAAAGAGGCAUUGUAGGAAUGGCAAUGUCCCUUACGCCUACAGUGUCGUUGGUGACCCAGUCGCCCCACGGCAGUCGCUGUCACAGACAACACCCACACAUGCCCCAUGGUGUUGAGGGUUAAUGGCUGCACAGGAGGUGGGAUUUAACCUCCAUGCCUCCAUCUCUACCCCUUUUCUCCUUUCACCCACCUGUCAUUAACAAUGGUGUGUAGCUAAAGUGGCUGAAGUUACGGUGCUGCAAACUUUACUCUGCUGCUGUAUCUUGGCGUUUAAGGUCAGCAUAGGGAAUUUGGUGACAGUGCAAGUUGAGGUUAGGUUUCAGUUUUACGCUGUUCCAAUCUUUCUCCCUGUGCAGAGUUACUAGCCUAUUUUGUGCAUUUGUGAGUGGGUGGUGGUUGCCUUGCAGGAGGCAAGUGGUGGAGAGAAAGGAUUACGGAUCCUCUCUGGGUACCCCACUUGCCCACUCUUGGAAGCAGCCCUCCACCUCUCUUCAGUUUUUUGUGCAAAAGUUGUUUUCUUUUAGUGCAAGUACAGGGAAGCUUUUGGCUUCAGUUGUUGUUGAGCCACAGCUCUCACCAGCCCCAGGAAGCGCUGCCAAGAGCCGGACAGGACUGAUGGCAGCUGCAGUCCAACAGCAUCUGCAGGACCAGAGGUUCCCCCAUCCCCUGUUUUAUGGAACCAGGCAGCCUCUGCUGCCACCUGCUGGUCCCCUCCAGUGUAGCUAUAGGUCAGGCAUCCCCAAACUUGGCCCUCCAGCUGUUUUAGAACUACAACUCGCAUCAUCCCUAGCUAACAGGACCAGUGGUCAGAGAUGAUGGGAAUUGUAGUCCCAAAACAGCUGGAGGGCCAAGUUUGGGGGUGCCUGCUAUAGGUGUGUGUCUCCGUAAACUCAGUCCAAUUCUCGUGGGUGUGAAUGAAAUUCCUGAAAAUCGUGAUACAGUCAGAGACAGAAUGCAUUACAAUGAAAACCAGCUCCCUUUCUGCAUAUAAAAGGAGCUCUGUGGUUCCCUUCCAUUACAAAACCUGAAAUUAGGCCAUGUCUCUGUCCCUCUCAGGGUCCAGAGACAACUCCAGUUUUUGGAAAAAGUCAUAUUUGGAUUAUGAGUGUGGCUGUCCUGUGACUUGACUCUUGACUUCACAACUUUUGACCCCUUUAACUCAAGCGGCUUCAGGGUGAAGUGGUGAUUUAUUAGUUCAUUGAGGUGCAUGCUGGUGCUUACCUUUUAUUUUAUAUUAUUUCAUUUAUGUCCCACCUUUCCCCCUAAGGAGCUCAAGGUGUGGCCUACAUGAUUCUCCUCCUCCUCCUCCUCCUCCUCCUCCUUUAAUCCCCACUACAACCCUGCAAGGUAGGUUAGGCUGAGAGGUAGUCACUGGCCCAAGGUCACCUAGUGAGCAAAAUGACUGAGCAGAGAUGUGCUUUAUUUUCCGAUGCAGUCAAGGCCUUUUGGUCACGUCUGUAAAGAAUCAUAGAAGAGUUGGAAGGGACCACAAGGAUGAUCUAGUCCAACCCACUGCAAUGGCGAGGAAGGCCGCUUGCCCCCCACCCCCCGCCAACAAGACUCUGUGCCCUCAGAGAUGUGAGGGCUCUUAGUUGCUCCUCCACAGUGAGUCACCCCCAAGACAGCCCCAGGGAGUGAGCAGGGGUCUUCACGCAAGACACCCUAAUUUGUCUGGAUUGUGUGGAUGUUGGGCAGAAAACCUAGGCUGGAAGCUGGUGAGCUCUCCCCUCAUGGCUUGUUUUGUGGCUUAAUAAUAAUAAAUUUUAUUUAUAUCCCGCCCUCCCCAGCCGAAGCCGGGCUCAAGGCAGCUAACAACAAUCAAAUAAUCAAACAAUCAAAUAAUCCAACAUUCUAAAAACAUUUCAAUUAUAAAAAUUAAUUACAAUCAAAUGGAUGGCAACUGUUAAGCAAAAUUCUGUUCAGGUUGCCAGAGGUGGGAGUCAGGCUGCGCCCUAACCAAAGGCCUGGUGGAACAACUCUGUCUUGCAGGCCCUGCGGAAAGAUGUCAGGUCCCGCAGGGCCUUAGUCUCUUGUGACAGAGCGUUCCACCAGAUUGGAGCCGCAGCCGAGAAGCCCUGGCUCUAGUUGAGGCCAGCCUAACCUCUCUGUGGCCUGGGACCUUCAGGAUGUUUUUAUUUGCAGACCGUAGGUUCCUCUGUGGGGCAUACCAGGAGAGGCGGUCCCGUAGGUACGAGGGUCCUAGGCCAUAUAGGGCUUCAAAGGUUAAAACCAGCAUCUUAAACCUGAUCCUGUACUCCACUGGUAUAGUGCAGCUGGUAUAGUACCGGAUGAAUGUGGUCUCGCAGCGAAGACCCCAUAAGGAGUGUCACCGCGGCAUUCUGCACCCGCUGGAGUUUCUGGGUCAGUCUCAAGGGCAGCCCCACGUAGAGCGAGUUACAAUAAUCCAGUCUGGAGGUGACCGUCGCGUGGAUCACAGUGGCUAGGUCAGGGCGAGAGAGAUAAGGAGCCAACUGCUUAGCUUGACGGAGAUGAAAAAAUGCCGCCUUUGUUAUAGCUGUAAUUUGCGCCUCCAUAGAGAGGGAGCUAUCGAAGAUUACACCCAAACUCUUAACAGACGGUGCUGGCACUAAUUGCACCCCCGCAAGAGAUGGGAGUUGCCCCCUCAAUCCCAUAUCGUCCCGUCCCAGCCAGAGGACCUCUGUCUUCGAAGGAUUUAACUUCAACCGGCUCCCACGUAACCAUCCAGCCACAGCUUCCAGACAUCUGGUCAGUGUGUCUGGGGCCGAGUCAGGAUGGCCAUCCAUCAACAGAUAGAGUUGGGUGUCAUCGGCAUACUGAUGGCAGCCCAGCCCAAAACUCCGGACAAGCUGGGCGAGGGGGCGCAUAAAGAUGUUAAAAAGCAUCGGGGAGAGUAUCGCAUCCUGAGGCACUCCACACACCAAGGAGUGGCGCGAUGACAAUUCCCCACCUAAAUCCUGUUCGCCAGGCGGCAGGUUCUGAUUGCCCAACUUCUCUGCCUAUUGUGGGGUGGAAGCAGCCACACCCUAAUCCAUUGCCGGAGUCUGUUAAUAACUAACGUGUGCCAUGAUUGAUGAGGGCAGGUGAAGCGCCAGUUCUCGCAGGCCGAGGCCAACCGGUCGCAGUGUUUGUUAGGAUUGCGGUUUGUGGUGCUGGGGAACGGCAGCACCUGUUUUGCAUCAGCACGAGGGUUGCAUCAGCACCGCUUUUUUCACCGCCUUCUAAAAGUCGCUGCGGGGCACCUGCUCAGUAUUUGCUGUUCCGAUCUAACCCCGCCCCCCCAUCUUCCCCCACCCCCACCCAAUUCUGUCCUGCCCAGAUCGAGGAGGAGAUGCUGGCCUUGCAGAACGAGCGCACGGAGCGGAUCCGAAGCCUGCUGGAGCGCCAGGCCCGGGAGAUUGAGGCGUUUGACUCGGAGAGCAUGCGGCUGGGCUUCAGCAACAUGGUCCUCUCGAACCUCUCCCCAGAGGCGUUCAGCCACAGCUACCCGGGAGCUUCCAGCUGGUCCCACAACCCUUCCGGGGGCGCAGGGCCCCACUGGGGUCACCCCAUGGGUGGUCCGCCGCAGGCGUGGGGCCACCCAAUGCAAGGCGGCCCCCAGCCCUGGGGUCACCCCUCUGGGCCCAUGCAGGGAGUCCCCCGGGGGAGCUCGCUGGGGGUCCGCAACAGCCCCCAGGCUCUGAGGCGGACGUCCUCCGGGGGACGGACGGAGCCAGGCAUGAGCAGGAGCACGAGCGUCACGUCGCAAAUAUCCAAUGGGUCACACAUGUCUUAUACAUAA